AUGGCUCUCCCAACACCAAAAGAGCUUCGUACGGCAGAUGAAUCUGAACAGAUUAAGACUUUGGACCUCUUAUUCGAACCAAGUCCAGCAAUUCACUCAACUCUCAUCCCAGUCGUAAAAGACUCAGAAUACAAAUCAUAUCCAGAACUGAUCGACGCCUGCAAGGCCCGUCUUGUCUCACUGGCAUCCUCCAGCUCCACGACCAAUCCAGAUGAGACUCUUCUUUCCAUUCUCGGGUCUCACCCCCGUCUAGGGGCUAAGAAAGUUGAGUCUGCACAGUCAGCAGCUGAACAAGCCAACCUGCAAGGACAGGGCGAGGAGUUGGCCAAGUUGAAUCAGGAGUAUGAAGCAAAGUUCCCGGGACUGCGCUAUGUCGUCUUUGUGAAUGGGCGAGGAAGGCCGGAAAUCAUGGAGAACAUGAGGGCUAGAAUCUCGAGAGGAGACUAUGCUAAGGAGGUCGAUGAGGCGUUACAGGCAAUGUGUGAUAUUGCAAAAGAUAGAGCUUCCAAACUUGGCGCAAAGCUGUAA